UGUCUUCAUAUGCUGCUUGCACAUGGAUUACCAAGGAAACAAUCUUAGUGAUUUCUUUCAAGCUAAUGGGCAUUUGGUACUUAAAAGAGUGGACAACAACUAUAAACUGCGGUCCUUCACAGAAAAGGAGAUAGAGCACAUUACAGACAGAUAUAGCACUUCGCUUGGUAGUGGCUCGUUCGGUGAUGUCUACAAAGGAAGAUUAGACGAUCAACGUCCAGUCGCAGUAAAGAGGUACAAAAAUGGAACCAAGAAAGAGGAGUUCGCCAAGGAGGUGAUAGUGCAUUCCCAGAUAAACCACAAGAAUGUUGUCAGAUUGUUAGGCUGCUGCACGGAGGAAAAUGCCCUUAUGAUUGUUAUGGAGUUUGUCUGUAAUGGAAACCUCUACAACAUCCUUCACUGUAGCAAUGCUGAUGGUCCUAUACUCUUCCCUUUGGACAAACGUUUGGACAUCGCUAUUGAAUCAGCUGAAGCACUAUCAUGCAUGCAUUCAAUGUACAGUCCUGUCCUUCAUGGUGAUAUUAAACCUGCCAAUAUACUGUUAGAUGAAAAGUACUUGCCAAAGCUAUCUGAUUUCGGAAUAGCAAGGCUGCUUUCUACUGAUGAGGCCCAGCGUACCAAAACUGUUACUGGUUGCAUAGGUUAUGUAGACCCUUUGUUUUGUCAGAGUGGGAUUCUAACUACAAAGAGUGAUGUAUACAGUUUUGGAGUUGUUCUAUUGGAAAUGAUUACCCGAAAGAAAGCGACGGACGGGACUACUAGUCUUACUCAAUGUUUCGCCGAGGCAGUGGGAAGUGGGAAGAAGGUGAGACAACUGUUUGAUGUGGAAAUUACCUAUGACAAGAAGAAGAUGAAAUUGAUCGAAAAAUUGUGAAGCUAGCAGUUACAUGCUUGAGACUGGAUGAUAAAAUGCGUCCGACAAUGGUUGAGGUAGCAGAUAGACUUAGGAGGAUUAGAAAAGCUCUCCCGA